AGUGAGAAGGGUUUGGUGCGCUGAGGAAUAUCCUUGUACCGAAUCAGAAGUCGGACUCCUCUUUUUGCCACAAAUCUGUCAUAAUAACCGAUUAACCCUUUUGGACCAGUUCUUUGGUUAAAUAAAGGGUUGAACUAGUCAUGAAACUUCUUGAUUUGGCAAUAUCCGGCUUUGGUAUACAUAUAAAGAAGCUUCAAAUGGUCACACCGACAACCUUCAUAAUUUGUUGUUCCUCACUGGAUUAGAGGCAUUAAGGACAAACAUAUAGUGUAAGGUAGGGUGGGACCUGUCUGAAUCUAUUCCUGGGGUUGUCUUAUAAUGGCUGAAAAUGACACAGAGAGAAUCCAGACAGAAAAUCUCCUAAAAAGAGUACAAGAAUUGGAGCAGGAGGUACGAAGACUUAAAAAAGAACAGGUCAACAACAAAGACUCAAACAUUAGAGAAACUUCCUCAGCAGCUGGAAAAGCUAAGCGUGCAUUUGAUUUCAGUGCUCAUGGUCAGAGACAUGUAGCCUUAAAGAUUGCCUAUCUGGGCUGGGGAUACCAGGGCUUUGCCAGUCAGGAAAACACAAACAAUACAAUUGAAGAAAAGCUGUUUGAGGCUUUAACCAAGACUCGACUAGUAGAAAGCAGACAGAUGUCCAACUAUCACCGAUGUGGGCGGACAGACAAAGGAGUCAGUGCAUUUGGGCAGGUGAUUUCUCUUGACCUUCGUUCUCACUUUCCAAAGGCCAGGGAUUCAGAAAAUUUCAUUUUAAAAGAUGAAGUCAAUGAUGCUGCUAAGGAGAUCCGUUAUACCCACAUUCUUAACCGGGUGCUCCCUCCAGACAUCCGUGUACUGGCCUGGGCCGCAGCAGAACCCAGUUUCAGUGCUCGGUUCAGCUGUCUUGAGAGGACUUACCGCUACUUCUUCCCUCACGCUGAUUUAGACCUUGUAACCAUGAACUGCGCAGCUCAGAAGUACGUUGGCACACAUGAUUUUAGAAACUUAUGUAAAAUGGAUGUAGCCAACGGAGUGGUAAAUUUUCAAAGGACUAUUCUGUCUGCUCAAGUACAACUUGUGGGCCAAAGUCUGGCUGAGGAGAGACGGGAAGAACCUUUCCAGUUAUGUCAGUUUGAAGUGAGUGGCCAGGCAUUCCUUUAUCAUCAAGUCCGCUGUAUGAUGGCUAUCCUCUUUCUGAUUGGCCAAGGAAUGGAGAAGCCAGAGAUUAUCGACGAGCUGCUGAACAUAGAGAAAAAUCCCCAGAAACCUCAAUACAGUAUGGCUGUAGAAUUUCCUCUAGUUUUGUAUGACUGUAAGUUUGAAAAUAUCAAGUGGAUCUAUGACCGGGAGGUUCAGGAGUUCAACGUUACCCACCUACAACAACUAUGGGCUAAUCAUGCUGUUAAAACUCACAUGUUGUAUAGCAUGUUGCAAGGACUGGACUCUGUUGCAGUACCCUGUGGAACAGGACCAAAGAUGGAUGGAAUGAUAGAAUGGAGAAAUGUUAAGCCCUCUAUCAUAAAGCAGACCAGUGCCUUUGUAGAAGGAGUGAAAAUGCGCACAUAUAAGCCCCUAAUGGAUCGUCCUAAAUGCCAAGGAUUAGAAUGCCGGAUCCAGCAUUUUGUACGUAGGGGACGCAUCGAGCACCCACAUUUAUUCUAUAAAGAAGAAACAAAAGCCAAAAGGGACUGUAAUAACACACUAGAGGAAGAAAAUACUAUUCUGGAGAAACCAACAAAAAGAGUCUGUGUUGAUACAGAAUUUAAAAGCAUCAUUUAGCCACAGAAAAUUCACAGGAAUCUAGGAGGCAAUAACUAGCAAGUGAUAGGUGGGUAGAAGGUAAAUACAAAAAAAAUUUACCACAAGAAGUCCUAGAAAUUCAAACGAUCAGCUCUUAAAAAGAAAACCCCAAAACAUAAAAGACCAUUAGGCCUUAUUAAGGAAGUUCUUGCUUAAACAAGAAGUUCAAACAUCUCUCAUUUCUGUCCAAAAGGAUUAAGAGAUGGAAGAAGCAAAAAGCAAUUGUGAAACAGAAGUAUUUAUGUACACCUAAAACCUGUGUUGUGUUCAAAUUCAUUAAAGCCUGAUCCUGCAAGUGUCUUAA